UCUUCAUCGUUUUUUAUUUUUCAGUUCCGAUAUUCAACUAUGAUGGACAAAUUUCUAUUAAUAAUUGGUAUUGUAGCCACCAUCGCAAUGGCCGGAGUACAACCUUUGAAUAAUUUAUUUUACGGAGAUCUCACAGAAAAUAUUAUCGAAUACGUAAGGAAAAGAAGUGAUCCCAGCAGUGCGGAUGCGGCAACUGACAAAUUUUUAGACGAUAUCAAACUGUUCGCAAUCCAGAUGGGGUGUAUCGGAUUUGCUAUGCUGAUUCUGGGUUAUAUCUCAAUGGAGACUUUCUGCUAUACAUCGUUAAGACAGAUUUUUAAAAUACGAAGCUGUUAUACUGAGAAGGCAAUGAAGCAAGAUAUUUCAUGGUAUGACCAACAUCAAACAGGAGAUUUUGCAUCCAAGAUGUCCGACGAUCUGAACAAAUUAGAGGAAGGCUUAGGAGAAAAAAUUCCCAUGUUUCUUUACAUGCAAGCUGUUUGCGUGUCAUCCCUGGCUUUGGCUUUCUUCAAAGGUUGGGAGUUAGCAUUAGUUUGCCUGACUUCUCUCCCACUAUCCAUGAUUUGCAUUAGUAUUGUAUCAGUUCUGUCCACAAAAUUGGCAAAAAAAGAAUCGGACGCUUAUGGUUCCGCAGGGGCGAUUGCUGAAGAAGUUUUGGGCACCGUCAGAACGGUCUUGGCGUUUGGCGGCCAAGAAAAAGAAAUUGAAAGAUACGAUGGAAAUUUGAUUUUUGCUAAGAAGAAUAACAUAUUCCGUGGUGCCCUGACUGGAAUUGGAUUCGGUUUGCUUUGGUUCUUCAUGUAUUGCAGUUAUGCCCUCGCUUUUUGGUAUGGUGUUGGACUUGUUAUCGACGAUAAAGAGCAGAAAACCUACACUCCAGGAAAUAUGAUAACGGUAUUUUUCUCUGUGAUGAAUUCAUCGAUGAACUUCGGAUUUGCUUCCACUUACAUCGAGAUAUUUUCCAAAGCGAAGGCAUCUGGUGGUAAAAUAUUCGCAAUCAUUGACACACUCCCUGUUAUAAAUCUAUCGAUCAAUAAAGGAAAGAAAUUGGAAUCAAUGAAAGCAGAAAUAAAAUUCAAAAACGUCAAGUUUCACUAUCCUACUAGAAAAGAUGUGCCGAUAUUAUCAGGUUUAAAUAUGGAAAUAAAACCUGGACAAACUGUAGCUUUGGUUGGAAGUUCCGGAUGUGGAAAAUCGACAUGUAUUCAAAUGCUCCAACGCUUCUAUGAUCCAAUUUCAGGACAGAUCUCAAUUGAUGGGCACGACCUAAAAGACCUUGAUCUGACCUGGUACAGACAAAAAAUUGCUGUGGUAGGACAAGAGCCAGUACUAUUCGGCGCAACAAUUGAAGAUAACAUUCGAUACGGAAAUAGAGAUGCUACACAUGAAGACAUCGUCGAAGCAACCAAGAAGGCUAACGCAUACGACUUCAUUUCUGCCCUUCCUUUUGGUUUCAAAACGGUGGUGGGUGAAAGAGGUGCCCAAUUAUCAGGAGGACAGAAGCAGAGGAUCGCAAUAGCAAGAGCGUUGGUGAGAAAUCCAUGUUUGCUACUUUUGGACGAGGCAACAUCAGCCCUAGACAAUGACAGUGAAUCAAAAGUGCAGGCAGCUCUAGAUUCUGCGAGUAAAGGCAGGACUACAAUAAUCGUAGCACACAGACUCUCGACAAUCAGAAAUGCAGACAAAAUAAUUGUGUUGUCCAAGGGUGUACUUGUAGAGCAAGGCACGCAUGAGGAACUGAUGGCUCUAGAAAGCGAAUAUUACAACUUGGUUAUGAAUCAAGUAGUUGACAAGAGAGACAAAGAUGAAGAAAACGAGGAAAACGCAAAAAGAAGACUAAUUAGUGCCAGAGAACUUAAAUCCACCGUUUCCGUCAAUCCAGAAGAUGAUGGCAAGUUCGCAGAUGAAGAAGAAUCCGAUGAAAUCGAAUCUGUAUCCUUCCUUCAAGUGAUCAAAAUGAACAAACCAGAAUGGCUACAAAUAACAAUGGCUAGUAUCGCAUCCAUCAUCAGUGGUUGCUCCAGUACACUGUUCGCGUUACUUUUUGGAGAUAUUGUUGGAAUACUGAGCAGUACCGAAACUGAUAAAAUACGAGAUGAAACAAACGUAUAUUGCUACUAUUUCAUAGCUGCUGGCGUGGUGGUUGGAAUAUCAACAUUCACAAGCAUAUAUUUCUUCGGUUAUGCUGGUGAACUUCUCACUCUGCGUUUGCGAAGUCAAAUGUUCAAGGCUAUGCUGAAACAGGAAAUAGGAUGGUAUGAUAGGAAAGAAAACGGUGUUGGUGCUCUAUGCGCAAAAUUAGCAGGUGAAGCAGCUUUAGUACAAGGUGCCACAGGACAACGUCUCGGCACCAUAGUCAAUUCAUUGGCUACCCUAAUUCUCUCAAUAGGACUUUCUGUUUAUUAUUCUUGGCAGCUAGGUCUAGUAACCCUGAUCUUCACACCAUUCAUGUUGUUGGCUAUAUUUCUACAGAAUAGGCUCAUGGGAAGAGAAAAUUCCUCUAGUAUGAAAUCUCUGGAGAAGUCGACCAAGGUUGCUGUGGAAGCUGUGAGCAAUGUAAGGACUGUUGCAUCAUUAGGAGCUGAAGAUCUUUUCCAUGGCAUCUUUAUGAAAGAACUAAUUGCUCAUCAGGGCAAAAUGCUAAGGAAUAGCCAUUUCAAAAGUGCUGUUUUCGGUUUUGCAAGGGGAAUUCAAUUUUUUGCAUAUGGUACAGCUAUGUUUUAUGGUGGCUAUCUCAUCAAGGAUGGGAUGGAUUAUGACAAUGUCUACAAGGUCUCACAAGCGCUUAUCAUGGGUACAGUGACCAUUGCCAACGCUCUCUCAUUUUCACCCAAUUUACAGAAAGGUAUAAAUGCUGCACAAAAAGCCCUGAAACUAUUGAAUAGAGUACCCAAAAUUGCGGAUGUACCAACUGCAAACGAAAAACAGUGGAAACAUGGUACAAUCGAUUACUCUCAAAUAUACUUCUCGUACCCAACAAGACCAGCAGUUCCAGUUCUCAAGGGUUUGGACCUUACCAUCCUUCAAGGCAAGACCGUCGCCCUGGUCGGAUCUAGCGGUUGCGGAAAAUCAACCGUUAUUCAAUUGCUGGAAAGAUUCUACGACCCGAAUUCCGGUUCUGUAAGCAUAGACGGGGAAGAUCUCAGGGAGAUAAAACUGAAGUCUCUCAGAUCGCAUCUUGGUAUCGUGUCACAAGAACCUAACCUUUUCGAUAGGACGAUAGGGGAGAAUAUCGCUUAUGGUGACAACACGCGAGAAGUCUCCAAAGAAGAGAUCAUCGAGGCUGCCAAGAAGGCGAACAUUCACAAUUUCAUCGUAUCAUUGCCUUUGGGAUAUGACACCAGAUUAGGAGAGAAGGGAACUCAACUUUCUGGCGGCCAAAAGCAGCGAGUGGCGAUAGCUAGAGCUUUAAUCAAGAACCCUAAAGUAUUACUUUUAGAUGAGGCAACUUCAGCACUUGAUACGGAGAGUGAGAAAGUUGUUCAGGAAGCUCUGGACAAAGCCAAAGAAGGAAGAACAUGUAUUACAAUAGCUCAUAGGUUAACAACUAUUCAAGACGCUGAUGUAAUAUGCGUUGUUAACAAGGGUAAAGUAGCGGAACUAGGCUCUCACCAUGAACUCAUGCAGAGCAGAGGACUUUAUUAUAACUUAUACACGCAAGGUGUGUAAUUCAUUGAUACAGUUGAAUGUGUUCCUAUAAAUAUGUACAAAAAAAUCAUAGUUCCAACAAUUGUUAUAUUCACUAUUUAUAAAGUUGUUUUACAUCAUGUUUGUUUAACUUAAGUAUGUGUAGGUGUGAUAAUAUUUUUUAAUAAAAAGAUAUUUGAUUAA